UAUUCUUUGUAUCACAGCCUUUUUUCUCUCUCGUUUCCCCCCUUAAUUUUCCAUCCUUUUUCCUUUUUUUUGCCUUCCCUCAUUCAAAUUAUCCUUUUUAAAUCCACUUUCGAAAAUGGACGACCCGUCCGAAACUGGACUCUCCACAGCAGCCGCCAAGGAAAAGCUCCUGCGGCUGUUGGACACAGACCGGGCCAAAAUCACGGUGCCAGGGCACUUCAACACGCGGUCAGCUCCACUAGUGGUGCUUCUAGGGACGACGCUUUUGGUAAUCGCAAUGCUGGUGGUCAACGGCGCCUACCUUCUGGCCAAGGGCAGCCCCAAGCAGCACCGCGGCACAGCAUCUCUGGUGGAGGCCGGGCUGCUAUUCCUGAGCGUCUUGUUCACAGCAUGCGUGAUCCGGCGCGAAUCGCACCUUGAGUCAAUGGAGCUAGAGGCGCGUCUGCAAGCGAUCGCACGCGAGAUCCGCGCAUGGACCGGCACGUACGCGCAGUUGCGGACGCCACAGCUGGCAACGGGCGACGCACUGGCGCUCGCAUACGGCGAAGUUGCACCCUGUUUGUGCACGGGCCCGGGGUUCCAGUUGGAGCGCGGCCAGCGGCUGCAUCGGCUGUGGGCGGGCACCGGGAGUGCGCGCACAGAGGUCAAGGCGCAAGAAACGCCGUUGCGCCGGCACUUGGCGCAGAUGGCAAGGCACCAAAGACCGGCGGCACGCUCGGUGCUGCAGAACCAGCUGGCGCGCGUUAUCCGGCUAUGCACCCGCUCGCUGCUCCCCGCAUUGGCCUUCCUGGCCUUGCUCGGCAAUGCGAUCGUCUACGGCGUGCGCAAUGGCCGGCAGCUCGGGCAGGUUGGCACUGUGGUGGAGAUUCUGGUGGGACGCACGGCGUACACCCUGUUUCCGUUUGCGUGCUCGGCAUUGUGGCCGGUGUUCUGGGUGGCCGGGCGUAUUUUCGCUAGCGCCUGUGGCGUCCGCAGCAAGACCGAAUAUGAGGACACGGAUGACAUUGAUGAGUUUGACGUUGAGGCACUGCCUCCGACCAAGGAUAUUCAGGUAGAGCUGUGUGCUAUUUUUGCACGCAUGCGGUGGCUAUGGACGCACACCGACUACCGCAACCUAUCACGGUCCAGCAACCUGGCCGAGACACUGGGCAGCAUCACGGUGAUCAGCAGUAUUGACAAGGAGGGCACGGUGGCCGAGCCACGGUGUGGUCCUGAGCAGAUUGUCGUGCCGGAAUCUAAUGACUACGCUGUGCUGGACCUUGCUGAGCAAAUUGUUGGCGCGGAGAAGCGCACGUUGAUUGCCGACGAUGGAUGGCAGAAGUACUUGCCAGGGUUGCGCGCGCUUGGGCUGGCUUGCGCGCUGCAGCAGCCGCGGGAACGUCGCCGCCUGGGGCGUCUCCGGGCGCUGGGCGCUGUCAUGCCUGCGCAGGACGUGGCGCUGCGGCCGAUUGGCGCCGCCAUUGGCUUUUCUGCCGACGAUCUGGGGCGGUUCACGGUGGAGGCUGAGGCGGCGGUGUUUUCGCGCCGCGUGCGGUGCGGCGGCACAGCAGCCAGCUUCACUGCCAUACUGGUGGCUGGCGGUGGCAGUGGCGGUGCGGGAAGCGGCCGGCAGGUGUUGUCGCAUGGGUGCGCUGAGCUGGUGCUGGGCGCCUGCACGGAUUACUUUGACGGCGCGGCGAUUCGACGCCUGGACGAUGAGACAAUGGGUAUGUACUAUGCGCUGUGCCAGAACGCGCUGAAGCAGGAUCUGCAGUGCUUGGCUUUCGCCUACCGCCCGGCCGCUGAUAUCGAAGAGCCGCUGCAGGGAUUUAUUGCGCUUGACGAUGGGGCAACACAGCCUGGUGAAGCCAACACUCACGAUCUGCCCGUGCAUUUGACUGAGGCCAUGCGCCGCUCCUUUGCGUGCCCGCAGCUGGCGCAGCAGAUCCUCCUGGGGCUGGUCACAUUUGCGUACGACCCCAAGACCGACGUCUGCGACUUUAUCGAGGACUUGUCGAUCGCCGGUAUCCGCUUUGUGCAUUUUUCAUCGGCGUCCGGGCGCCAAGCCAAGGCCUUCGGCGAGCGGCUAGGGCUGGAAACGGACUGGAACACGUGCAUUCUUCUAAGCAGCGGCGACGCAAACGAUGGCGACGGCGACGCAAGCAAUGGCAGCGCCAGGAGCGACACCAGCCGCGGAAGCGACACUAAUGGAGACGACGGCGGUGGCGGAUACGUCGAGGAGUACGAUAUCAAGGCGCGGCUGCCGCGCGGUAUCGACCAGAUCCGCCCACACCUUGCCGAGGUCGACGAUAUUCCACUGCAGAUCUCGCUGUUUGCCGAGUGUACGGCGGCGACGACGCGCGAGAUGGUGCGGGUGUUCCAGGAAAACGGCGACGUCGCGUGCGUGAUCGGUAGCGCAUUGGCAGACGCCAACACGCUGACGUUCGCGGCCGCCGAUCUCGCGGUCGGCGUCGAGCCCGUGCCGCAGUUCAACGGCGGCGAGCCGCAGGCCGGCAACGACGGGUCGAUAUCGACAGCGGGCGCGCUAUCUACGCAGUUUGCACUGGGAGCGGCAUUGACCUGCAUCCCAUGUCCACUAUUCCUGCAGCACGAAACCAGCCUAUACACGCUUCUGCAGGUGGUCAGCGAGGCACGGCGGCUGACCGCCAGUCUCUCCCUGGGCGCCAUCCUGCUUGGCGGUUCUGCAUUAGCGGCUAGCGUGAUCAAUCUUGUUUCCGCAUUAUGUUUGCUGCCGCCGGCGAUGGGCGGCGUUAUGCUAUUGUGGGUGCUGUGGGUGGCGGUGCCGCUGCUGGCCGCGGCGCUGCUGUUUGCGCCGCACGACGAGGCGACAAUGUCGACGAUGCCGGUCAAGAACCACGCGCAUGUCGCCGAUAUGCCGCGGUUCGCCGCCUACGCGGUACUGCCGCUGAACGCAUUGCUUCCUGACGCACGUACCCGCGAUUGGAUGCAUUUGAAUGCCGAGGAUCAGGCGGCGGUGUGGGCGGCGCAGGCGCUGGCCACUGCCGGGUUUGUGUUCCACUGCGUGUGUAUUUCGGCAUCGCUGAUGCACCGCACACGGUAUUUGGAUAUCCGCUCCCUGCGUAAUGCCGCCUGGGUGGGCGCUGUUGUGGUGGUUUUGGCUUUGACUUUUGGCGCCGCUGCGGCGGUUGUGGCGGCCGAUGCCUGCAAAAUGCAUGAUCGGAAGCGAUGGACGCGCUUGCAGAAACUGGCCAAGAUUGAGUUCAACACAAAACUGGGCUUGCACUCGCCUCUGUGAAUUCUCAACUUUUUUUUUCUUCUUUUAC